UUUUGUUGGACGUGAACUCACCAUUUAAACUGACAGGUGCAGCUUCCACCUGUGAUCAUCUGCUCCGUUCCGAGAGGUGGAGGCUGACACGUGUGGGUGUGUGUAGUAGAGGGGUGGAGUCUUAAAGUCUCCCAUUGGGUGACCGUCCAGACAAGGCUUCCUAGACAGAUUAGCCUACUACCGCUGCCAAACACAAAUCAGUUGUAAGACGACGGGCGAGCCGGAGGGGAAAAAAGUGCCGCAGUCGCAGCAGCCUGGACGUAUCUCCUCUCCAUAUCUUUUCCAAACUGGAGGCGGCUUAGGAAGUACUGUUUCCUUUGUUCAGGUCCAAUGGAGGCAGCCGUACUGAACCCCGCGAUAAUGACGGAGGUGGACUGCAACAGCAACACCCUGAACGCAGAGUUGGAGGUGAAGAAGCUGCAAGAGCUGGUCCGGAAACUGGAGCGGCAGAACGAGCAGCUGCGGACACGGGCCAGCGGCUGCUCAGGCGGGCCGCAUGUGCUGCCUCCCAACCCAGCGUGCAUGCUUGGCAGUGCCGCUGGAUACUGCCUCCCCAGCCCGCUGCCCACCUUGCUGUGUCAGUCGUCCUUGGGGUCAUUCUGUCCUCCGGAGCCUUUCGACUAUUACUACCCGCACAACGCCGGUGAUGGAGUCCAAGGCUCCCUAGAGGAGGAGGAGGACGCAUCCGAACCAUCGGUUCUAGAUGACCUGGAGCUUUUAGAUUUGGAUUCAUUGAGCUGCUCAGAGGAGUCUGAAGAGACAUGGUUAUAUGUGACAUCGAAGACCAGCGAGACCACUAACGAGUCCUUUACACCCCUUCAGUGGUGCCGGCAGGCUCUGGAUAGCCCCACAUCGGAGGUAGAGGCUGCCAGGAGGUCGUUGUCCCUCAGAUUGGAACAAGUCUCCAGGUGGCGGAGCGCCUUAUCCAGCCCCUCCCCCUCCUCCUCCCCUGGUCCUCCUCUGAGUCGAGUCGCAGGAGUGUCACCCAUCACCUCCUCCCCGUCAACCAAACCCUGCUCCACUCCCCAGCCGUCUGAGAGACAUGCUCCAACCCUAUCCUCCCCGCUCCACCAAGUCCUCCAUCACACCCUGAGUCCUGUAGGGAAGGAGCUGUCCCCAGUAGCUGAGAGAACUCCUACAUUCCUCCCUCACCCAGCCAGUCGAAGCCGCAGCCUCAGAUGCGCAGCCCUCAGCCCACAGUCGUCCAUGGACAGCGACCUCGGCAUGUCGGAGAUGGACGACAACUCCAUUAACCUCGACUACAAACUGCAGGACCUGACGGAUGUCCAGGUGAUGGCCCGGCUGCAGGAGGAGAGUCUAAGGCAGGACUACGCCAGCACCUCGUCCAUCCUGGCCAACCGCCGCAGCCAGAGCUUCACCUUCCAACUCAGCCAGCUCAGCGGCGGCCCCGACCUGGAGGAGGAAGACGAGGAGGACGACGAAGACUACGGCCUCCUGCCGCCACCGCAGCCGCGCCUCACCCGCCUGCCGCACUCCCACACUUUCUCCAGCAUGCGAGACUGGCGAAGAAGCACCAGCUCCCUGUGCACCCCUCCUUCCACCCCCUCCACCCCCCCGUACCCUUCCGCUGGGUUCGCCUUUCAAGCUCAGCCUCAGGGACUGGGACAGGGACUAGGACUGGGACUGGGCAGCCUCUGCGGAGCCGAGCAGCAGGGCUUCAGACCAGGAUCAGUCGAACAUGAGAAUAAAUUGCGGAGAAGCAUGCCGAACCUCGUCAGAGCUCCCAGCAUGCCCAGUGUGCCCAUUCCCACCAAUCCCAGCGCUUCCCCCUCUUUGCUUCGUAACAGCCAGAGCUUUGAUUCGUCCAGCAGUCUGGCUCGCCUGCAGUCCUCCAUCCCCUCCCCAGUCCAGCUUCAAAACAGAGUACAAAGCGUAGGGAACUUCUCCUUGUCACGGCAACCACUGAAGGCCACCGCCUAUGUCAGCCCCACCAUCAAAGGUUCCACCUCCACCAGUCUCCAGCCUCUGCUCAGCAGUGGCGGUGGCAGUGGGAUCCCGCUGCUCAGUAAAGCUGCAGGUGGAGGGUCCACCGCCACCUCAAACAUGCUGCGCAGCAGUUUGCCACGGCCCGCCUCCUUCAUAGCCACCACAGGCACUGCCCCCCACAGCAAAGUGGCCCAACCAUCACGAAGUUUACUGAUGCCUCCAAAGAGCUUGUCCACCCUCAGUGCACUUCGUGACGGCACCUGGAGAGACGGCUGCUACUGAUGGAUGGAUGCUGGUGGUGCGCUGGAGCCCCGCUGGCUGGGGUGACUCACUCCACCUCAACAUCAAGUUUCCUUUGCAGAUGCUGGACGGUUUUUACCAAAAACUGACUGUUGAUGACAUCAAAUCUGAAAUCCUGCAUAGAAUACACCAAUGUCUUCAAGUGAACUUCACUCUAAAUUCUAUGCAGAAUUUCUUCGGAGAAGGCGGGUUAUCUUAGUGGAUCGGAAAGUGCGGCAGCUUCAAUCGAUGCUUUUUUUUUUCUGUUCCGUGCCAAGAGGGAGAUGUUCCCUGUAGCUUUUGUGCAAUAACCUGUAAUACUAACCUGCGAAACAGGGCUGCCAUUUUUUUUUCUUUUUUUUUUAAUUAAAAAAGCCUCUAAUUCUCUAUUUAUAUAUUUAUAUUAGAUAAACCAUUUUAACUAAUCAGGUGUGUUUGCUGUGGCAAAAAGUGCCGGUGCUGCUGCUAAAGUUUGAAUCAGUCCUUGUUGGUUUGGGCACAUUGGGUCUAAUUUUUACAGGAUAUUAAAGUAUGUAUUUGUGUACUGAACUAAUUAAAUACUUAUUGUGCUUAUGUCUAUAUACUGAUUGGUGCAAUAUUCAAUUUUAAUGUAGUUUUUGACCAAAAUUUCACACGUCUCAUCACGGUGUCACUAAACUUAUUACAAAUGUUGUUGGAGCCAAAAGGAAAACUGUUGUUGUUACACUUUUGAAAAACUCACUUUUUGUUUUACUGUUUGCACUUUUCACAUUUGUUUUUCUGGUUUGAGAAAUAAACACCUACUAAAAUUUACAGUAAUAACACAUUUUCUUGUUAAAUUUCACGUGUUUUUAAAUCAAUAUUUCAGUGGCACAUCUCUUAAUAUGGACACUUUUGUUACUGUGAUGAACUAAAUAACAAGCAUUUUAAUAAAAAUUUACUAAAUUCUG